AUGAAGCGCCAGGCGCGGCAGCGAGCGGCCUUGCUGGGUGCUGGAGACGCUUUGGAGGAGAAGGCGACGGUCUGGGUGAUCGAUGAUCCGAGGGACGCGAGGUUCGGCGAGGUGCUCGACGAACAGGCCAUCGAGAAUCCGAAUAGAUUUGUGCAUAUGCGGUCGAUGGGUGUGAUUUCCCUCGACGGUGUGGAGCGCCUGAUCGUGAAUAUCAAUCGCGAGGAGCGGGGCGAUUGGAUGCGAGACCAGCGCGAGCGAGGCGUUGAUAUCCGUACCAUCGGGGACCAUCGCUCGAGGCUCGGGCGUCGUGACGUGGACUUCAGAGACGCCGUCGAGAUGAUGGAGCAUGUGGAGUUGGCUGACGCCCCAGAUCUCGGCCCCCGUGCGAUGGGGGAGUUCCUUGCGUCGGUCGCCACGGGCAGCGGGAACCUUGUGAGCUGCCAGGCAGAGUGGGAACGGCUCAGCGGUGUCUCUGCAGGUGGCACUCAGAACCACGAGCACCGCAUCUGCAGCUGCAGUCUGAUGCGGGCCGUCUGCCUGGACCAGCUCAACGCGAAUGACCUCCACUGCAUGGAGGUGGCGGUGCGCCGCAUCAUCCAGAUAAAGAUGGCCGUGCAGAGGAACCCGCGGCACCCCGACUUUUCGGGGCUGGAGGACGUCGUCGCAGGACCGACUGCGGCGAGUGGGCCAGCCUCGGUGCCGAAGUACCUGGAGCGCGUGGUUGCCCGCCAGAAGGAUCGUGCCCACAUCCUGAAGCAGAUGCGGCUGCGCAGGACGGUGGGCGCCGUUCUGGUGAAGCUGGAGGCGGUGCCAAGCGCAGUUGGAGUCGACAAAGCUCGACGAGUCAGGCCGCGUGGAGAGCCGCCGACAGCAGUGCAGCGCAGCGUGCUGGAGUUCGUCCAGGAGCGGAUCGACUUCUUCGGCAAUCCUCCCUGCGAAGCGGUGGACGGCGAGAGGUCCCUUCGGGAGAUCCUCGGAUCCACUGGCCAGUGCGAGCUGGGGCCGCAGCAUUUGGCCGGCUACGACGUCGCGAAGCUGUGGGUGUGCAAGGGGGACAUCCAUCCAGUUCCUGUGGUUGAGCUGCUGCCAGCUGAGGCGGCAGGCUUUCCGCGUCAUUAUCAGAACCAGAUCGAGCUCACCGAGCCUGAAGUGGCCGAUCGGGUCCGCGAGGCCGGGGUCUGCCCGGGCCGUAUUGGGGCCCGCUACUUCGCGGCGAUGCUGAGCUGCGACGUGGCUUUUUCCCGCCGACUUGCUAAGAUCGGCAUCGUGGGCUUCAGGCGGGCGAUCAAAUCUCGCUGUGGCGCCUGUUUUGUUCGCGAGAGAGAUGGCGACAUCCUCUUCAUCUGCGACGCUAGGGCUACCAACAUGUGUCAUCGGCCUCCGCCUCGGACCGUUCUCGGAGGCGCUGCUUGCAUCUCGGAGAUCGACUUGAGUGGCUACGCGGCUUCGCUCGGAGGUGUUGGAGGCGUUUGCGAGCCUCACUUCUCUGGAGCUGAUAUCAAGGACUGUUUCUACCAGCUGGCCAACGAGGAGAUGGGGGGCUGGUUCGGGUUCGACUCGGCGUUGCGCUUGGAGGACUGGGACUUGGACUUCUACCGCACCUGGGGCGACUCCGUCGGUGGGUGGACGCCUGCGGUCGCUGGGGAGAUGCUGUGCCCCUGCCUGAGGGUGCUUCCCAUGGGUUGGGCUUGGGCGCUUUACUUCGCUCAGGAGGUGGUGUCGAACCAGGUUCGAGCCUCGUGCCUGGAUGGAGACCGCCAGCUGCUUCGGGGCAAGCGACCUGCCCCGCUGCUUCGACUUGGGAAGCCGCCAGCCGCCGUGCACGUCGACAACUUCACAGGCGUCGGGGGCUCGGCGGCUGAUGCGGCUGCUGGCGUGGGGGCGUUCCAGGCCCGCGCUGCCGUCGCUGGGCCGGGCCUGCGCGCGGCCAGCAUCGCGGUGCAGGCCCUGCUGAAGAGGGGCCGCGCUAGUGGGCCUGAGCUUCGCACCUGGGCGGGGCGCGCUGUGGCGCUGCUGGGGCUGCAGCCCUGCCUGCUCUCGCUGCAGGAGGUGUGCCACUUCGUCGGGGGUGGCUCGCGGCGUCGUGCCGCCUUGCCGCCGCUGGUGAGAGGCGAGCUGCGGAUGGCGGCUGUCGCCUGCCUCCUGACCGAGGUCGACUUGGGCGCCCCUCUGUCCGACGAGGUUCACGCGUCGGACUCCUCUUCGGGUGGGUUCAGCCUGACCUGCGGGAGGAGGCCGUUUCGGGCGGUCUGGGGCGCCCACCGCUGGCGGGAGCGCUGGCGCUUCGUGGAGGUCGGGGCGGACUCUAACACCAGCGUCUACACGCGGCUUACCUCAACCAGCUCCAUGGCGUCACAGACGGCUUCGGGUCUAUGCUGGCUGAGGGAGCGGCGAAGCGCGCUGACGUCGGCGUUCGUGCUGCAGGGCCUGCUGGAUCCUG